CUUGUCAGUAGUUCUUUGUUUCUGUAUAUUUCACUAGCUGAAAUGAUAUGCUCAACUCUACUAAUAUCGAUUGGAGGCCACCAAAAUGCCCGUACAAAGACAUACCAAUGAUGGAAGGGAAUAAAAUGAACCCCGCUCAUCCUGCGUAUUGCAAUGAAAACAUGGGACAGUCAUUUAUGAGCCACGCCGACGUAUCAAUUGUUGUAUGUAUGACAAUGGGACGACGAGCGAGAAGCAACAUAUGGAUACUUGAAUGUGGCACAUACGUGUAGGAAUUAUGAGAAAAUUCAAUAGUGGGCAAAGGAACGGGCAUACAACGAGGAGUUUGACCACCAUGUCAAAAUUCCCAUUGAAUACACUGUCCCGAUUUAUGACUAGGUGGAUAACACAGUAUGAGAGGUGGAAUAUUUAUGUAGAUAUAUCCACAGGCCAGAAUCGAAGAAAUAAUAGCUACGGGUGUCUGUUGCAGCAAUGGGGGAGGAUUAGCCUCAACUCGAUAAUAGGCUAGAAUAUUGCUGGAUCGCUUUUUAGUCUAGGA